AUGGCUGGGAUAUACAGCUCUACUCUGAAGACCCUGGAGGAUUUAACUUUGGACUCUGGUUAUGGGGCAGGGGAUUCCUGCAGGUCCCUUAGUCUCUCUUCUUCCAAGUCCAACUCCCAAGCCUUCACCUCUUCUCAGCACAGAGGCAACUGGUGGUACUACUCGGGCUCCAUGAACAGUAGGAAUAACAGCUGGGAUACCGUGAACACCGUCCUGCCGGAAGACCCCGAGGUUGCAGAAAUCUUUUCCAAGUGUCCUAAGCUGCCGGAUCUAGAGGAAUAUCCUUGGACCGAUGAAGACAUCGGAAAAAUACUCCGCAAAGGAAAGGGAGAUGUCCAUAGCAGAACCUUUUCUCAGGAAGCUGUCAGGCGGCUCUCGCAGCUGCUGAGACGAGCCCUGAUCAGGGUCUCCAGGGAGGCUCAGCGGCUCAGCGUGAUGCACUCCAAGUGCACCAGGUUUGAGGUGCAGAGCGCGAUCAAGCUCAUCCAGAGCUGGUCCUUGUCGGAAAGCUGCGUCUUGGCCUCUGUCAAGGCUCUCUCUCUGUACAGCAUGAGUGCUGGGGAUGGACUGAGGAAAGGCAAAUCGGCUAGGUGUGGCCUCACCUUUUCGGUGGGGAGGUUUUUCAGGUGGAUGGUGGACACGAGGAUCUCGGUUAGGAUCCACGAGUAUGCGGCCAUCUCUUUAACCGCUUGCAUGGAAAACCUGGUGGAAGAGAUUAAGGCUAGGGUUUUGGCAAGUCAGAGCCCGGAUGGUGGAGGGGAGAUCUCGGCUGAAAUCCUGGAGAUGGUUAUCAACAACGAUGCGGAACUUUGGGGAGUGUUGCAACCUUACGAGCAUCUCAUCUGUGGGAAAAACGCUAAUGGUGUGCUGUCCCUCCCUGCCUACUUCAGCCCCUACAACGACGGGUCGGUGUGCAGCGACGGCCGCGCCGACGCGUAUGCCCAGCUGGAACUCCGCACCCUGGAGCAGUCUCUGUUGGCAACUUGUGUUGGAAGCAUCUCUGAGCUGAGUGAUUUGGUCUCCCGAGCGAUGCACCACAUGCAGUGCCUGAACACCAUCCGCCCCGGCAUGAGCCCCGUGCGGCAGACCCGGCAGCAGCAGCCCAUCUCCUGGUCCCCUGAUGCUCUCCACACCCUCUACUACUUCCUACGCUGUCCUCAGAUGGAGUCCAUGGAGAAUCCCAACCUCGACCCUCCAAGAAUGACCCUGAACAACGAGCGCCCCUUCAUGCUCCUGCCACCUCUGAUGGAGUGGAUGCGAGUGGCCAUCACCUACGCCGAGCACCGGCGCAGUCUGACCGUGGACAGCGAUGACAUCAGGCAGACAGCCAGACUGCUCCUCCCCGGGCUGGACUGUGAGCCUCGGCAGCUAAAACCUGAAUGCUGCUUUAGUUCCUUCCGGAGACUGGAUGCUAAAGCUGCUACUGAAAAAUUCCAGCAGGAUUUGGGCUUCCGAAUGCUCAACUGCGGAAGGACAGAUCUCAUCAACCAAGCGAUUGAUGCACUGGGACCCGACGGGGUUAACACCAUGGAUGAUCAGGGUAUGACCCCCCUCAUGUAUGCCUGUGCUGCUGGAGAUGAAGCCAUGGUCCAAAUGCUUAUAGAUGCUGGAGCAAAUUUAGAUAUACCUGUUCCCAGCACCUCUCCACGACACCCUUCGGUCCAUCCCGACAGCCGACACUGGACUGCUCUCACCUUUGCUGUGCUACAUGGGCACAUCUCUGUGGUCCAGCUGCUUUUGGAUGCUGGUGCCCACGUUGAGGGCUCUGCUGUCAAUACUGGAGAGGACAACUACGCCGAGACACCCCUCCAGCUGGCCUCAGCUGCAGGGAAUUACGAGCUGGUCAGCUUGCUGCUCAGCAGGGGUGCUGAUCCACUCCUGAGCAUGCUGGAAGUCAACGGGAUGUCCUCAUCACUCCAUGAAGACAUGAAUUGCUUCAGCCACUCAGCAGCACAUGGGCACAGGAACGUCCUGCGCAAGCUCCUGACCCAGCCCCAGCAGGUGAAGGGAGAUGUCCUCUCACUGGAGGAGAUUCUAGCUGAGGGGGUGGAGAGUGACACCUCCAGCCAGGGCAGCUCCAGUGAGGGGCAGGUCAGGCUGUGCAAGACACGGAUGAAGGCUCUGCAGGAGGCCAUGUACUACAGCGCUGAGCACGGCUACGUGGACAUCACCAUGGAGCUCAGGGCACUUGGAGUGCCCUGGAAACUCCACGUGUGGAUCGAGUCCCUACGGACAACCUUCUACCAGUCCCGUUACUCUGUCGUACAGACCCUGCUGAGGGAGUUUGUCACCAUCAAAGAGGAGGACUACAAUGAGGAACUGGUUAAUGAAGGGUUGCAGCUCAUGUUUGACAUCCUCAAGACCAGCAAAAAUGACUCCAUCAACCAGCAGCUUGCAUCCAUCUUCACCCACUGCUAUGGCAGCAGCCCCAUCCCCAGUAUUCCUGAAAUCCGAAAGACACUGCCAGCUCGGCUAGAUCCUCACUUUCUGAACAAUAAAGAAAUGUCUGACGUCACUUUCCUAGUAGAAGGAAAGCUCUUCUAUGCACACAAAGUCCUGCUGGUUACUGCAUCUAACAGGUUCAAGACUCUAAUGACCAAUAAAACAGAGCACGAUGGCCACGGCAGCAAAACUGUUGAAAUCAGUGAUAUGAAAUACAAUAUUUUCAAGAUGCUGAUGCAGUAUUUAUACUAUGGAGGAACAGAAUCCAUGGAAAUUCCCACCGCUGAUAUCUUAGAGCUGCUGUCUGCUGCCAGCCUGUUCCAGCUGGACGGUCUCCAGAGACACUGUGAAAUCCUCUGUGCCCAGACCAUCAGCAUGGACAACUCCGUGAACAUCUAUAAAUAUGCAAAGAUUCACAAUGCACCUGAACUGGCCUCUUUCUGUGAGGGCUUCUUCCUCAAGCACAUGAGCUCUCUCCUGGAGCAGGACUCGUUCAAGCAGCUCAUCUACAGCAGGAACAGCAAGGUGCAGGGCCUGGAGCCGCUGCGGGACCUGCAGGCAGCCCUGGCCCUGCGCCUGCACUCCGUGUACGUCACCUCCAGGGUGUGA